AUGACAUCACUUCCGUUUUUGGCUUUUGCUGCGUCCAAUAUGGCGCUUGGCUCAUCUGAAGAGGAACUGAAGAUAAAGAUUGAUCAAGCUUGUACGGCUGGUGAUGAGUUUUACAAAUUGUACUAUGAGAAUUAUGACAAGAAGAGACAUAUGCUAUCAAAAUUAUAUAUGAAUAAUGCUAAACUUGUUUGGAAUGGAAACUUUGUGGAAGGAAUAACAGAUAUUCUGGAGUUCCUAGAAAAGCUGCCCUCUACAGAAACAUCCGUAGACACAUUUGAUUGCCAACCCUUGUUAGAUACCUUUUCCCAAGGGCAGACAACUAUUGCUGUGACAAUAUUUGGCUCCGUCAAAUAUCACAAACAGAAGGCUCGUGCCUUUCAUCAACAUUUCAUCCUUACUUCCCAAGACAACUUCUGCCGAAUUGUUAGUGAUGAUUAUAGAUUCCUGGAUUGCUGA